AUGCUAAUGCCGGUGGUGCUGUAACUUUCAAGUCUUUAACUUAAAAAAACUUAAUGAAAAAAUACUUCAUUAUAAUGUUUCGAAAAACUCUCGAGGUAAGCUAUAAGAAAAUGUAAUAAGCUAUAAAAAAAUGUAAUAAAAUAUGGGGGGUUUAAUUUAAGAGAUUGAUGGUGAUCUUUAUGUGACCUUCAAAUGACUAUCCAAGGUCCAAACAAUAAUGGUACCAUCUUAUGUCCGUCUCGAAGUCAUAAAACUUUUGUAUGAAACGUUUUUCCGUAUCUUCCAUAUUUUUCAAGAUAUUUGCCUGGAUUCUUUAAAAUGGGACAUCUUAUAUAGUUAUUAGUAUUUAUAAUUUCAACAUCAUCAUUAUUACAUAAAUUGUUUUAGGUAAAAAUUUGUGACAAAUCGGAAUCAUUUAAUUCACUUCAGGAAUGUUCGUCAAGUAAUGAAGAAUAUUUUAGUAGCUUACAUUCCAAGACAACAGCUAGAAAUAUUUUGGAAUUUCUUUUAAUCUCAGAUAAUUUGCAAACAAUUACAACUCCGAUUAAAACAAAUUGUGCUGAACUUAUGUUAAUGAUAUUGCAGUUUAGUAAUACUUACAUGCUACCCUUAACUGCAAUUAGUAAUUUAAUAAGUUUGAUCAAUAAUAUAUUUGAAAGUCCUAUAUUGCCAGAAUCACGUUAUCUCAUCGACAAACUGUUUAAUUUUGAAAAUAAGGCACAGUUCCAUACAAUUUGUCCUAAUUGUAACAAUUAUUUGGGAAAGAAAACAGAAAUUGGUAAUGAGAUUUAUUGUAAUAUGUGCGCCUCAUCAAUUAAUGUCUCAAAUUUAUCUUCCUCUAAGUUUUUUGUGAUUCUUGAUCCUGCAAAAGAAAUUUCAAAUCUUAUACAGAGCCAUGAAGAUUAUUAUAAUUAUAUUGUGCGCGAGAGGUUGAAUGAAACUGGAGAAAUUAAAGAUAUUUAUGAUGGAUAUUGUUAUAAAAAGUUUGUAAACAACUUAUCUGAACAUGAAAGAAAUCGAUAUGUCACUGCUGUAUUCAAUACGGAUGGUGCACCAAGAUUUGAAAGUUCUCAGGAUUCUAUAUGGCCGAUACAAAUCCAAAUCAAUGAGUUACCACCUCAAUUCCGAUUGAAAAACGUGAUAACAUGUGGAAUGUGGUUUGGUAAGAAUAAACCAGAAAUGAAUACUUUCUUACAUAUAUUUGUUAAAGAAAUGAGUAUGUUGAACGAAAAGGGGAUAGAAUGUACAAUCCAUGGAGAGAAGCGAUUACUUAAAUUAUACAUGCUCAUAUGUUGUGUCGAUGCUGUAGCUCGUGCUCCAAUGCAAGGAUUAGUACAAUUCAAUGCUUACAAUUCCUGUAGUUGGUGUUUACAUCCUGGAAAAUGGCAUGACGGAUGCGUGAGAUUUCCAAUUCUUCAUUAUCGUCCAAUAGAGAGAGACGUUGUAUGUACGAUAAUAAACGGCGAACGAGCUAUUAAAUCCGGAACUGUUAUCAUGGGUAUAAAAAAUGUUACAUCUCUAAUUAACUUGCCAUUUUUUAAUAUAAUCGAUGGUUUUGUACCAGAUUACUUGCACUGUUAUUUAGCCGGAGUUGCAAAACAAAUAACUGAAUGUGUUUUAAAAUUACUGAAGAGAAGUGACAUUGAGCAACUAAAUUCUCUUUUGCUUGAAAUUAAAGUUCCAAAUCAGUUAUGUCGAUUAACAAGAUCAUUAAAAGAUAGACAUCAGUGGAAAGCAAGAGAAUGGGAAAAUUGGCUAUUAUACUACAGUGUACCUCUAUUUGGAACUGUAGUAAAUAAUGAAAUUCUGCAGCAUUGGUUAUUAUUAGCAGAAAGUUUAUAUGGCCUUUUAAAAACUUCCCUAUCAAUAGAGGAAUUAGACAAAAUUGAUGAGUCGCUACAUAAGUUUGUGCUAGGUGUAGAAACAUUGUACAAAAAACGUGCUAUGACAUAUAAUGUGCACCAAUUAUUACACAUUAGCAAAAGUGUAUAUAAUUGGGGUCCAUUAUGGGCUCAUUCUACUUUCCCAUUUGAAUCG